CCAAUGAACAAAAUGCUUAGAGAGAGAGAGAGAGAGAGAGAGGGCUUGUGGUCUCUGGGGUUGGGAUUGCGCAAUUCUCAGCAGAGAGUCUGCCUUAUAUAAGCCGAGUCUAUAACUGUUGCGCUUGUACUCGUCUAAUACUCCUGAUCCAACAUGCUGAGGCUCACUAUUGCUCUUUGUGUCCUGGCCAUAGGCUGGGCACAGGAUUGUCAAGUUAGCAACAUACCAGUAAAAGAGAACUUUGACAAGCACAGGUUCGCAGGAACGUGGUACGCCGUCGCCAAGAAAGACCCUUCAGGACUUUUCCUUCUGGAUAACGUUGUGGCUAAUUACUAUGUGGACAACGAAGGCAGGAUGACCGCCAGUGCUUCCGGCAGAGUCAUCAUCCUGAAUAACUGGGAGACAUGUGCCAACAUGUUUGCCUCUUUCGAUGAAACCCCAGACCCUGCCAAGUUCAAGCUGAAAUACUGGGGUGCAGCCGCAUAUCUCCAGAGUGGAUCUGAUGACCACUGGGUCAUUGAUACCGAUUACGACAACUACGCCGUGCACUAUGCAUGCAGAGAGCUGGACACAGACGGCACCUGCCUGGAUGGCUACUCCUUCAUCUUCUCCCGUCACCCGACCGGUCUGAGGUCUGAGGACCAAUUGAUCGUGACACAGAAGAAGCAGGAGAUCUGUCUCCUCGGAAAAUACAGACGCGUCGCUCACAAUGGUUUCUGUGAUGCCUGAUUCCAUCCUGCUUAAGGAUUUCCUAUAGCUUUUUUUCUGUAAAUAAAAAAUCCAAAAUUAAUCUGAAUAUAAUCCCUUCUCUACAAUAGGAGCAUGUAAUUAAAACGAGUACAUAAUAACUCUGAUGUAUUCUGUAAUCUGAACUUUUUAAAAUAAAAUGUUUUUUUUGGA